AACGCAUCACGUCCGCCAUUUGCAAAUUAGCGCGUGCUUUCUGCGUGUGUGUGUGUUAAAUAUUUUGUGUUCAGAUUUUUAUUGUGAACUGCUAAAAAUCUUAUAUAAAAAUGAGUUCAACAGUAGACCCUGCCAAAUUAAAAGUGGUAGAAUUACGUGCAGAACUCUCAAAGCGUGGUUUGGAUUCAAAAGGAAACAAAGCGGCGUUAGUCAAGCGCUUAAAAGAAGCCUUGGAGGAGGAACUCAAACAAGAGUUACCAGAUACUUCAAUUGCUGAUACGUCGACAGAAGAUUUAGAUACUUCGCAAACUAAAAAUGAUUCCGUUACUGAAGAAUCGAAAGUACCUGAUAAGGAACCUGAAAAAACUGAAACUUGUCAACUACCACCUAAAGAACAGCCACCAGUGGAGCAACCGCCAGUUGCAGACGCCAGUACAGAAGAAAAAAUGGAUACACAAGAGGCGCCUCCUGCAGAACAACCUCCACAAGAGCCUGCACCUGAAGUUGAAGUACCUAAACCAGAAGAGUCUGAGCCUUCAGAACAGACUGAACCAAAAGAAGUUAAUUCCAAUUUAGAAGAAAAUAAAGAGAAUGGGGAACAGGAUGAACCUAAAUCGCGAAAAUCUCGCUGGGGUUCAGAAAUGGAUGGUUCAGAAGCUCCACCACAAGAAGACGUUGAGAAUAAUCAAUCUGAAAGCACUGAAGUACCAGCCAGUGAAAAUAAAGAUGCUGAAUCUAAGGGUGAAAAACGAAAGCGUAGUAGUCCAUCCCCCGACCGAUCUCAACGCCGACGAAGUAAAUCACCGAUCAAAGAAGAUGAGCCUCCUAUAGAUAAGGACAAAGUUCAGCUUAGCUGGUAUGACUCUGACCUUCAUCUACAAGUUGAUAAAGAAUCGUUCUUAUCAGCAAAACCCUAUCAUGAAGGUGCUUUCGGUUUUGCAUGGGCGGGAGUAAGAGCUACCCAUGGCGUCAAUACUGGAAAGGUAUGUUUCGAAGUAAAAGUAACAGAAGAAUUAAAAUGGGAGGAUUUUUCCAAAUACUAUGACAAACACCGCCGAGAUCAACAUAAAUCUUCUAGACACAAAGAUGACGAUAAAAAGAAAUCUGACGAGUCAAAAAAUAAAGACGAGCAAAGUAAAAAUGACGAUAAUGAUAAAUCCGAAAGCAGCCAAGAAAACGGCGAAAAGUCGGAAACAACUGGAGACGCCUCUGAAAAUAAAGAAAAGUCGGAAACUGCUCCUGAGAAUGACUCAGAAAUGCAAGAAAUUACCGAAAGUGAAAAUGAAGAAAAUAGAAAGAGUACUGACGAGAACCCACCUGAAGAGUGUCCACAAGAACCAAUGGAAACCGAGGAAAGUAAAGAAAAAUCAGAAGAGAAAGAAGAAUCGGAAAUCAAAGAAACCGAACCUAUACCGACUCAUUUAUUCCGAGUUGGGUGGUCGCUCCUUGAUACUGGACUCCAGUUGGGAGAGGACAACUUUUCUUACGGUUAUGAGUCAUCUGGAAGAUUUGCCGUUAACAAACAGUUUGAAAAUUACGGAAAAAAAUUUGGUGUUGGUGACGUGAUUGCUAGUUUUUUGGAAAUCAAUGAGAAUGAGAUAAAAAUGUCUUACUCUGUCAAUGGUGAGAUGCAAGGUGAUGCGAUAUCCGUCCCAUGUUCCGAUCUUCCGGAAAAUUUCGUCUUUUUCCCCCACGUCCUUUCUCGCAAUUAUGCGUUUGAAUUGAAUUUGGGCAAUAAAGAAGAGUCUUGGUUUGUUAAACCUGAAGGCUUUGAAGAUUUUGAGUUUUUGGCCAAUGUGGAAGAUAAGGUUCCUGGCCCUGCCAGACCCGAAAAUAGGAGCGACUGCGAGGUGAUUUUAAUGUGUGGGUUACCUGCUGCGGGCAAAACACACUGGGUUCAAGAAUAUAUUCAGGAGAAUCCGGAGAAGAGGUACACCGUUUUGGGCAAUAUGCAACUGUUGCAGAAAAUGACAAUUUCUGGUGAUGAGUUGAAAAAUAAAUACAAAGGGAGUUGGAACAUGUUGUUGGAGAAGCUUCAAAAGUGCUUAAACAAGCUUGUAGAAAUCGCCGCUCUUCGUCGAAGAAACUACAUCAUUGAUCAGCCAAACGUGUACCCAUCAGCCCAGCGCCGCAAAUUGCGGCCAUUUGAGGGCUUCAAGAGGCGUGCUGUCGUUGUUGUAGUAGGAGAUGAAGAACAAGCUAAACGGCAAUCUUUGCAAGAGGCUCAGGGCGGUAAAGACGUUCCCGAUAGCUCCGUGCUUGAUAUGAAAGCAAACAUGAGCUUACCGCAAAAGGGGGAAUGGAUUGAUGAAGUACUCUACGUAGGCGUUGGCGAAGAAGAAGCUAAAGCUUUGGUUCAGAAAUAUAAUUCACAAGCGCGCGAAACCAUUGGCGUGCAAAGAAGAUUUGGACAUCGGGAUGACCGUCAUAGAUGGCAAAACAGACGCAAUGAUUAUCGUGGUGGUAACUACCGGGACAGGAGUUACCACAAUAAUCGAUACGAUAGAGGGCCCCCAAGACAGGGCAACUGGCACCCGCAACGUCCCGGAGGAUGGAACAGAGACAGACGGGAUAAUCGUGGGCCCCCUCCAAGAGAUUGGAGGAAUAGAGGUAAUGCCCGAGAUCGAGGGAACAGAGACUCCCACGGUCAAGGCAGCAACUACAACCGCAAUCGCAACCAAGUGGGCAGAGGACCUGGUGGUAACUGGUCUUCCGGUUGGGGCCAGAGCCAAGGCAGUUGGGGUAACCAGCCAUGGAGUCAGGGUUCCUGGGGCCAGGGUGGUUGGAACAGCCAGAGCAACCAAAACCAGUGGAAAUAUGGUGGUGGAAGUCAAAGUUAUGGUUACUCCAACUGGAAUUAUUACGGACAGUAUCCUCAAAACUGGAGUGGAACUCAGGGUCAAUCUGCUGGUAGUAAUCCAGCGGGAGCAAACCAGUACGGUCAGUACUCCCAGCAGGAUUGGGCGCAAUAUGCUCAACAAUACGCCCAGCAAGGGCAGAUCACAACCGGGUCUACCGCAACUCAGUCCACUCCUCAAAAGUAAAUGUAUUGCCUACAUUAACGCCUAGUAUUUUAAUGAAUAGUACCUUUUAUUGUUCAGGUUUUAGAUUUAACACCACUUUGCAGUUGUACAGAGAGGUAGCUGUUUUGUUGCCACUUGUGCACCCCUAAAAUCUUUUUAAAAUGCUUUAAUCGACGUUUCUUACGUGCAAUUAAGUUAUAUUCAUUGAUUGAUAAUUUUAUUGGCACACAAACUGACCGUAUGAAAAGUAAAAGUUUAUUUUUUAUAAUUAUUUUAUGUAUAUCGUAGCGGAAUUUAAUUGAUUUGCUUCUGUAAAUAAAGUUUUAUGUUCAAAACAUUCAAAGUUUAUUUAGAAAUAUGUAUAUUAGAUUUGGAUUUACCUCAUGGUAAAAUAACUGAAUAGACACGGUGAUGUUAUAAUAUUUUAAUAAUUUCUAUUCUGAAUUCCACAUUAAAGUUCAGAUAUUGUACCAUGGAACAAUUUUGGGAGUUUAAGUCAAGUGCUCCAAAAGUGUAUGGUAAUUUUAAAUUAUUUAUAUUGUACAUAACAUUAAAAGUACAAUUUUUAUGUCGCGUCUAUUGUAAGUAUUACUUAUUUUCAUUUUCUUAACUUUAUCGUAGUUUAUACGAGUAAAGGCCCGUGUGACAUGAUGUGGUAAAUUGACUUCUCAUUAAUUUGUUUGAAUUUUAUGAAAUAGGUGUAAUUUUCUAAAGCAAGUUGUGUCAUGGGGAGGCGAUCCCCAGAAUUAUUUCUUUAAGUAAGAGUAGUGUUAAAUGUAAUAUAAAAUAAAAUAUAUUACAUACAUGAUGUAUUUACUUUAGUUAAAAAAAUAAAUAUAUGAUUUUCUAAAAA